AUGGGAAAUCUUUUUGAAUGUAUAUGGCCUAAAAAAGACGAUGGAAAAAUAAUUACAAGUUUAUAGACCACUGAUUAAACUAAUAAAACAAGCGAAAAUAUAAAUAACGAUUCUCACUAUAAUAAAACAGGUAUAAAAAAUCAAGUACUCGAAUAACCAGUAUAAAUUAUUACAAAAACAAAGAGAGAUAAAAAGUCAUAUGAAGAUUAACCUUCUUAAACAAUAUGUAUAAAGAAUAUUAAUGAAUUGGAAUAAUAAAUUAAUGAUAAGGAUUAUUUAUUAUUAAUUGGUCCAACUGGAGUUGGAAAAAGUAAAUUAUUUAAUUAAAUGAAACUUGAAUAAAUUAACUCAUAAUUUCGAAAUCGUUCUAAAUCAUUAGAUGAUAUAAAAAAUAGUGAUAUAAAUAAUGAAACAAAAAUAUUUAAAGAAGGUAUUCUAGGUAAUUAAUAUAUUAUUGUUGAUACACCAUCAUUAUAAUUAUAAGAUGAUAUAGAUACUAGAGAAUUAAUUAUUAAACAUUUUUAAGAUUAUAUUUCGUCAAGAAAAUAUAUUUCGAGCCUUGCAAUUGUUUUGAACUUUGAAAGAACUGAUUUGAUGAAAAAUAAGGCUUUGCAAGUUGUGAAAUAUUUAAGAAAAUUUAUCAAAAUCAUUUCAAUUAUUAUUGUAAAUAUGGAAUUAAGUGAAAAUGAGGAAGAAGAUUAAUAACAUUUAAUAAAUAGUUUUAAAUUCAUUUAAUACAAUCAAAUAAUAUUUAUUAAAAAGCAGAUGAAUUAAUAACAGAUAUUAGAAUAGAUAAAGAAAAUUAAUUUUAUAAAAACAAAAAUAGAUUUUGAAGAUACAUUAUUUGAAAUGAUUAAAAUACAAGAUGAAGUUAGAUUUCUUGAACUUUUUAAGCCUAUAAUGUACUCAACAAGAAAAUGA